AUGGAAAAUCAAGAAAACCAACCAACUUUAGUCAAGGUUAUCAAGUGCCUCGGUAGAACUGGUUCUCGUGGUGGUAUCACCCAAGUCAGAGUCGAAUUCAUCAACACUGACAAGCCUCGUAUCAUUAUCAGAAACGUUAAGGGACCAGUCAAGGAAGGAGACAUUUUGUCUUUGCUCGAAACCGAAAGAGAAGCAAGAAGAUUGAGAUAA